GUCCCGCGGCGUCAACCGAUGCUGACCGUCUCCAAAACUUGACUGAAGCGGAGCGUCUUCAGGCAGGCGGGUGUCCCGCUAGUUUCUGUUGGCUUUCUGACCACCCGGAGCCGCAGCUGUGCUCCCGUCAGGCGGAAGUGGAGCCGCAGCUCUGUAGUUUUACGCCGCAGACCACUGGACAUCAGCCGGUCGGGACGCUCGAGCGCGUGGCCGCAGUCGACGUUGUCAGGGCAGCUGAGCUCUCACGGGUGCUUCGCUGCUGCUCGUCAUGACACAGCGGGAGAGGCUCGACUGUUCUGUGUCCGUGCAGAUUGGCUCAUACGAAUGAGAUGCAUGAAGAAUGAAAGCCAUCCAGAGACUCACUUCGGCCCGGCUGGAAUGAACCCAGGGUGACUGGCUGGCGUAACAGUGAUGAAGCCCAUCCAGCGGAGUGCCAUGCUGCCGCUGCCCUGCUUCUCUUUCCUGUCCUUUUUCACCGGCCUCUUCCUCAUUCUUCACGCCCAGUUCCUUCCCGAACCCAGAGCAGGGAAAGGUCUCCUGCUCUUCACCCAGCCGGCCUACAAUGCCACCAUCUUUGAGAACUCUGCUACCAGAACUUACACCCAAAGUCAGGUGAAAAUGGGGAUCGUUCUGGGGACUCCUCGGCGGGCGGGGAUAAAAUAUUCCAUCGCGGCGGGAGACAGCGAGGCCAUCUUCAAGGCUGAAGAAUUUGUGAUGGGAGACUUUUGUUUCCUUCGCAUUCGCACCGACGGCGGCAGCGGUGCAAUUCUUAACCGUGAAGUACAGGACAAUUACACCCUCACGGUCAAGGCGUCCGUCCAGGGCGGCCUGGAGGCUCUGGCCACCGUUUAUAUCCAGGUGUUGGACACGAAUGAUCUCCGGCCGCUCUUUUCCCCGACCUCAUAUUCCUUUGUUGUUCCGGAGAGUGCCCCUCUGGGCGCCAGCCUCGGGCGUGUCACGGCCACCGAUGCCGACGUCGGCUCUAAUGGGGAGUUUUACUACUUCUUCAAGAACAAGGUCCAAGUGUUCGCCGUCCACCCGACUAGCGGGGUGGUCACGCUCACCGGUCGCCCAAAAAUGGACAAAGAGGAGCGCUUUGAGCUGGAGGUGCAGGUGGUGGACAGGGGGAUGAAGCUUUACGGCAACAGCGGCAUCAGCAGCACGGCCAGGCUGCUCCUGCGAGUCAGUCGAGUCAAUGAAUUUGCUCCUGUUCUCAGUGCCGUAGCUGUUAAUCCAUCAUGGGAGGACAAGGACCCGGUCUAUGCCAGAGUGACUGUGGAGGACAGAGAUGAUGGUGCGUCGGGGGAAAUAGAGUGGGUGUCCAUCAUUGAGGGUGACCCCCACGAGCAGUUUGUGAUUGAUCGUGUGCCAGUGGGGAACGUGUACGUGGUGAAAAGCUCAGAGUCGGUGGACUGGAACAAACACCCGUACGGCUGCAACCUGACCUUCCAGGCCAAAGACCGGGGGAACCCACCCAAAUUCUCAAACACCCAAACGGUGAGGGUGUUGGUGACCACGCCCACGCCGGUGGCGGCCAGCUUUGAGAAGGCGGUGUAUGAAAUCUCGCUGAGCGAAAUAGUCCCCCCGGGCUCCUUUGUGGCGUUUGUCCGAAUGGCUCCGCCUCCUCCGAGCGCCAACUACAGCUUUGCCCGUGUCCCGGAGGGAGCGCACUUCCGCAUAAACCCUGAGAGUGGUGCCGUAACCACCGCCAGGAUGCUGACCGCGCUUUCACAGAGGGUCAUGGAGAUGGAGGCGCUUGAGCUGGUCAGUCAGCAGCGAGCUCUGGUGCGCAUCCAUAUCGAGGACGCCAAUGAUAACCCUCCCGUGUUUGGCCGAGCGUUCUAUGACAUUUCGAUCAAUGAGAGCUUAGCGACGGGCACCGUCGUACUGGUGGUGUCAGCUGCGGAUGAGGAUAAAGGAGAGAACGGAUACGUGACGCACGCCAUCAAUGGCCCCCGGUCGCUGCCGUUCAGCAUAGAUCCAAACACUGCCGAAGUUAGGGUCACCCAGGAUCUGGACUUCGAAUCGUCCAACGAUGUCUACACGUUUGCGGUGCGAGCGUCGGAUUGGGGCUCACCGUACCGGAGAGAGAGCGAGGUCAACGUCACCAUCCGCCUGCUCAACAUCAACGACAACCAGCCUCUUUUUGAGAGGGUCUCCUGCAGAGGAAUGAUCGGUCAGGACUUCCCCGUGGGAAAGACCCUCGUCAGCCUGUCGGCUGUGGACAUGGAUGAGUUGGAAAUGGUGACCUACCGCAUCGUGUCCGGGAACGAGCUGGAUCUCUUCCAGCUGAGCGCUGACUCUGGAGCCUUGUCCCUGAAGAGGUCUUUGGAGACGGCAAAUUUGAAGAGCGGCGUGUUUCAUUUGAAGAUCGUGGCGACGGACGGAGAGCUGCAGUCCGAGCCCAUGUUUGUGAACGUGACGGUGGUGCGAGGCAGCACCCCCCAGAGGGACUUCACUUGCAAGGAAACCAGGGUAGCUCAGCUGCUGGCUGAAAAAAUGCUUUCAAAAGUGUCCGACAUCACAGGACUGCGAGCGGGGGGCGCACUGGCGGACCCCUUUUCUGUCAACAAACAAGCCCCUCAGUUUGAGGCCCUGCCCACCAGCAUCCUGGUGCGGGAGGACCUGCCUGUGGGGGCCAGCGUCUUCCAGGUCAGGGCGCGGGACAACGACUCGGGCUUCAACGGCCGCAUUCUCUUCUCCAUAUCUGACGGCAACAGAGAGAGCUGCUUCCACAUGGACACGCAGGACGGCUGGGUCACCAUCCUGCAGCCGCUGGACCGCGAGGCGUCCGACCGCUACUUUCUCAACAUCACCAUCUACGACCAGGGCGUCCCUCAGAUGGCCAGCUGGCGCCUCCUGACGGUGAUCGUGGAGGACGCCAAUGACAACGCGCCGCAGUUUUCCCAGCACACGUUCUCAGCUCUCGUCCCAGAGAACGUCGCGAUCGGCUCCCAGGUCAUCGCUUUAGCUGCAACGGACCGAGACAGCGGCCAAAACGGGCAGGUCUCCUACACCUUGCUGACCAGUGUCCCGCAGUUCAGCGUCAACAGUGACACUGGCAGUGUGUUUGUGGUCAGCCCGCUGGACCGAGAGGCCGUGGCCAAGUUCGUCCUGAAGAUCGAGGCCAGGGACAAGGCUGAGAGAGGCGCUCGGCGCUCGGCGCUCGCCACUCUCAAUAUAGUGGUGGAGGACGUCAACGACUGCGCUCCAGCCUUCGUCCCCGCCACUUACAGCACUCGAGUCCUGGAGGACCUCCCUGUGGGCACUGUCAUUACCUGGGUGCAGGCCAAAGACCCAGACAUGGGCUUUGGAGGACAAGUGCAGUACUUCUUGUUCAACGACUUCAAUGGCACUUUUGAGAUCGACCCGCUCAGCGGGAUGCUGCGCAUCGGGAAGGAGUUGGACUUUGAGAAACAGCCCUUCUUCAACCUCACGGUGCUCGCUGAGGACAGAGGGACGCCAUGCCUCAGCAGCCAGACCUUUUUGGAGGUGGAGGUGGUGGACGUCAACGAGAACCUGUAUGCGCCGUACUUCGAUGCCUUCGCGGUGAGCGGCUCGGUGAAGGAGAACUCUCGAGCGGGGACCAGCGUGCUGGCCGUCGCUGCUAAGGACGAGGAUCAGGGCCGGGACGGAGCGUUGAGAUACUCCAUCCGCGGCGGCAGCGGACUGGGCACCUUCACCAUCGACGAGGACACAGGGGUCAUCUACACUGCCGGGAUCCUGGACUGUGAGAGCAAAGACUCUUACUGGCUGACGGUCUGCGCCACCGACAGAGGGCUCACCGCCCUCUCUGCCUCUAUUGAAGUCUUCAUCCAGGUGGAGGACGUCAAUGACAACGCUCCGCUGACCUCUGACCCCAUCUACCACCCCUCCGUCAUGGAGAACUCCCCCAAGGACGUCUCGGUCAUCCGUAUCCAAGCGCAGGACCCGGACCUGAGCGCCGCACCCGCCCGCCUGAGUUACCGCAUCACAGCCGGCAACCCGCAGAACUUCUUCUCCAUCAACCCCAAAACAGGUCUCAUCACCACCACAGCCAGGAAGCUGGACAGAGAACAACAAGCCGAGCACCUUCUAGAGGUGACCGUCAUAGACGGGCCGCUGACCACCCGCCAGUCCACCGUCUGGGUGGUGGUCCACAUCCUAGACCAGAACGACAACCCGCCCACCUUCCCUGAGGUCACCUACCGCAUCAGCCUGCCAGAGCGAGACCGGAACAAGCGCGGCGAGCCGGUGUAUCGGGUCUUCGCCUACGAUCGUGACCUGGGCUCCAACGGCAACAUCACCUACAGCAUCGUGCAGGGGAACCAGGAGGACAAGUUCAGCAUCGACGCCAGGACCGGGAUGGUGUCGUCCAAGAAGAUGGUGACGGCCGGCGGCACCGACGUUCUCACCAUAAAGGCAGAGGACGGCGGCUCGCCCCCGCUGUGGUCCACGGUCAAGCUCCAUGUGGAGUGGAUCCGUAAGCCCCAGCCCUCGCUGCUGCCCCUCAUGUUCACGCAGAGGUACUACAACUUCUCGGUGUCAGAGACGGCGGCUGUGGCCCAGCCUGUCGGGGUGGUGGCCGUGAGCCAGUCCAGCACGCCGGUCUGGUUCCAGAUCAUGGGAGGAAGACUUGCCCGGGAGAUGUUCUACAUUCCUCAGAACGCCUGUGGAAAGAACUGCUCGCUGGACACAGGCAGUUUUGACAUGCAGUACGACCUUCAGGUGGGGGUGGGGACGCUCGUCCUGGCCAAGCCCCUGGAUGCAGAGCAGCAGUCCGUCUACAACAUGACGGUCCAGGUGACGGACGGCACCAGCGUCGCCACCUCGCAGGUCUUCAUCCGAGUACAGGACAGCAACGACAACCCGCCGCUCUUCUCCCAGCCCGCCUACGACGUCAGCGUCUCCGAGGACACGGCGGUGGACGUGGAGCUGCUCCGGCUCCGAGCGUCGGACGUGGACGAACGCAGCCGGCUCAGCUUCUCCAUCUACGGCAGCGUGGACCCCGCCAGCAUGAGGCUGUUCAGGGUCAACCCCAGCACAGGGGUGGUCUACACGGCGGACCUGCUGGACUACGAGGCCAGAACGCAGCACAUCCUCACCGUCAUGGUCAAAGAUCAGGAGUUUCCGUUCAACCGGGAUCUGGCUCGAAUCCUCGUCGCCGUGGAGGACGCCAACGACAACAUUCCCUACUUCACCAGCACCGUGUACGACGGCGUGGCCUACGAGCCCUCUCCUGCAGGGACGUCGGUGCUGCAAGUGACGGCGCUGGACAAGGACAGUGGCGUCAGUGGCCAGCUGGCCUAUUCCAUGGAAGCAGGAAACAUCGGUGGCGUGUUUGGCAUCGAUAACGCCACAGGCCUCGUCUACAUUGCCAGGAAUUUGGAUGUGAACUGCGUGGGCUUCUACUCGCUCACCGUUCGUGCCACUGACAGCGGCUUCCCUCCGCUAAUGGCCACCGCCUCCGUCCGCAUCACUCUCAUGCUCUCCGACUUCUCCAAACCCAAGUUUUCCCUCAAGGAGUAUCAGGCCGAGAUAAUGGAAAACAGCACGCUGGGCUCCCUGGUGACCACCAUCAGUGCCCUCAGCCGCUCAGCGCUCACUUUUGACAUCACCAGAGGCAACGAGGAGCACUGCUUCUUCAUCAACCACCACACCGGCGUGAUCAGCACGCGCAAGCGGCUCGACUACGAGCAAACCACGUCCUACCUGCUGGUGGUUCAUGCCUGGAACAUGGCCGGCGUGGAGGCCAGCACCACCGUCAGCGUCCAGGUGGGGGACGUCAACGACUGCUCGCCGGUGUUCCGGCAAGUCAGCUACGUGGGCGUGGUCAGCGAGGCCGCUCCGGUCAACAGUGUGGUUCUGGGGGAAGACGGCCGGCCGCUCGUCAUCCAGGCCACCGACGGUGAUCGCAAUCACAACGCCCUGCUGGUGUUCCAGAUCGUGGAUGAGACUGCACGCAUGUUCUUCAGCGUGGACUCUGGGACCGGCUCCAUUCGGACUAUUGCCGGUCUGGACUACGAGACCUUCUCCGAGUUCCUCUUCCAAGUUCAUGUUCGAGACAGUGGCCAGCCCCCCAGAAGUGCUGAGGUCCCGGCAGAGGUUUUUGUGAGGGUGGUCAACAUCAACGAUUCGCCGCCCAAGUUCUCGCAGGACUCCUAUGAGACUGUCCUCCUCCUGCCCACCUACAUGGGAGUGGAAGUCUUGAGGCUUGAGGCGUUCGAUCCUGACCUGGACCCGCUGCGGCUCGUCUUCGCCCUGGCCGACAGCAACACGGAGCACUUCUCGGUGGAGCGCCACACUGGUGUGGUGACCGUGGUUAAUGGGGACCUCAGUAAGAGCAGCUAUCGGUUCAACGUGAAGGCGUGGGAUGGGCGCUUCUCCAGCGUGGCGUCGGUCACGGUGCUGGUCAGAGAGGCCCUGGACAGCGGGCUGGCCUUCACCUACCCGCUCUACUUCGCCUCCAUAGCGGAGAACGUGCGGAACGUCACCGUGCUCACCGUCAUCAACACCGUGGGCCACCGUCUCAACGAACCCCUGAAAUACACCCUGCUCAACCCCGGCGGGCGCUUCGCCGUCCGGCCGACGUGUGGCGUGCUGCUGACCACCGGCGAGCCCUUUGACAGGGAGGAGGAGGGAAGCUUCCAGCUGGUUGUGGAGGUUCGCCGAGAGGAUGAAACGCUGCGGGUGGCGAGGGUGACGGUCCAAGUUCAGGUGGAGGACGUGAACGACAACGCUCCGGAGUUCGUCGGCCUCCCGUACUACGCUGCGGUGCAGGUGGAGGCGGAGCCUGGCUCUGCCAUCUUCACCGUCUCCACCACAGACCGGGACUCGGGGGCCAAUGCAGAGGUUUCCUACAGCCUGAGGGAGCAGCACCGAAACUUUCAGAUCAACCCUGUGACCGGGGAGCUGACCCUGAGGAGAACUUUGGAGGCCGACCUGUCCAACGCGGAGUACAGGUUGGUCAUCGUGGCCACGGACGGGGGGCUUCCUCCGCUCUUCAGUGAGGUGGAGCUGCCCGUCACCGUGGUGAACAAAGCCAUGCCCGUCUUCGACAAGCCCUUCUACGGCAUCACUGUUGGGGAGGACGUGGCGGUCUCCACGCCCGUCCUGACCAUCAACGCCACCAGCUCUGAGGGCCAGAACAUCGUCUUCACCAUCGCUGACGGCGACCCCUGGCUGCACUUUGACAUCGGCUUCGACACGGGCCUGGUGACGGUGGUCCACCCGCUGGACUACGAAGCCGCCCAGUACUACCGUCUGACGGUCAAAGCCACCGACACGCUGACGGGCGCCAAGUCAGAAGUGGACGUGGACGUUGUGGUGGUGGACGUCAACGAUAACCCGCCGCUCUUCCAGAACGCCUCGUACUGGGCUGUGCUGACGGAGAACUCCAUGAUUGGAACCAGCGUCUUGCAGGUCUUUGCUCAGGACCAAGACUCGGAGAGGAACUCGGUGGUGAGUUACCGCAUCCUGCCCGACAUCCACAACAGCAGCGACUACUUCCACAUGGACGGCACCAGCGGGACGCUGUUCACGGCGCGCACGCUGGACUACGAGCUCAUUCAGCGCCACAACUUCAUCGUCAGGGCCACGGACAGCGGGGACCCCACCCUCAGCAGCGACGCCAGCGUCACCGUGGCCGUGCUGGACACCAACGACAGCCCCCCCAGCUUCAGCCAGAUGCUGUACACGGCCAUUGUCAGCGAGCUGGCGCCCAGGGGACACUUUGUCACCUGUGUUCAGGCCUCGGAUGCAGACGUCUGCGACGGUCAGAGGCUGAGGUACAGCAUCGUGUCUGGUAAUGAGCGCAUGACCUUCGUGAUGGACGCCGACUCUGGCGUGAUCACUCUGUCCAGCAAGAGGAGACAAGGCAUGAAAGCCGCCUAUCAGCUGAACGUGUCCGUGUCCGACGGAGUCUUCACCAGCUCGGCGCAGGUGCUGGUGCGAGUCCUUGGAGCCAACUCCUACAGCCCGGUCUUCAGCCAGAGGUUCUACCUGGCGGAGGUGGCUGAGAACGCGGCGCCGGGCACGGUGGUCAUUCAGGUCCGAGCCACAGACGAAGACUCGGGGCUGUUUGGCCAAAUCACCUACUCCUUCAUCAAUGACGUUGGCAAAGCCCAGUUCAGCAUCGACGCCGACGGAGUCGUGUCCACGCUGCAGAAGUUAGAUCGAGAAGACCCGGCGAACAAGGACGUGGUGCUGACCCUGAUGGCCCUGGACGGUGGAGGACGAGCCGCCUUCUGCACGGUGCGAGUGGUCCUGGCAGAUGAGAACGACAACGCGCCUCGAUUUAGAGCGCUGGAGUACCGCAUGAGCAUCAAGGCCAAUGUGGCCAAAGGUUCUCUGGUGACUCAAAUCCAGGCCACGGACCCUGACGCCGGAGCCAACGGACGGAUCAGCUACUCUCUGUACAGUGAGGCGCGCCUGUCGCUGGUGGACGUCCUGGAGGUGGAGUCAGACAGCGGUUGGAUGAUGACCAAGAGCAACGUGGACCACCUCCAGGGCACCGUCCUGUCCUUCUUUGUCAAAGCCUCGGACGGCGGGUCUCCACCCAAACACUCCCUGGUCUCGGCCUUCAUCCACGUGGUCCCGUCCGACGCCUACGUCCCGUCCUUCAGCCAGCCUCAGUAUUCCUUCACCAUUCCCGAGGACACUGCCACCGGAACCGCUCUGGGCUCCGUGUACACGGGCCCCGGUCAGACCGCCGCCUUCACCGUGGUGGCAGGAGAGACCCUGGACAGCAACCAAGCGGGGACCUUCCUGGUGGAGCGGGAGAGCGGUCUGAUCCGUCUGGUCCAACCACUGGACUAUGAACGAGUCAGCACCUACAGGUUCAAGGUGGCAGCGAUGGCCAGAAGAGACCUGAUCGAGUCUGUGUCCACGGUGGACCUGGAAGUCAAGGUCCUGGACGUGAACGACAACGACCCUGAGUUCGAGUCCAAGAGCUACGUGGCCACGGUGAUGGAGGGGAUGCCGGUCGGCACCAGGGUGGUGCAGGUGCGUGCGCUGGAUCCAGACUGGGGCUCCAACGGACAGGUCGCCUACAGCCUGGGAGCCUUGCUCUCGUCCAGCGCCGACGCCGGCGCCUCAGCCGCCGGCGCUCUCUUUGCUAUCGACAGCAAGACUGGCUGGAUCACCACUGUCAGUCAGAUGGACCACGAGGCCUGCUCCAGCUACAGCUUUGAGGUGAUGGCCUCUGACCUGGGGGAGUCCCGCUCGCGCUCCUCCAGCGCUGUGGUGACCAUCGCCGUGUCGGACGUCAACGACAACCCACCCCGGUUCGAGAGGGACCUGUACCGAGGCGCCGUCAAGGAAAGCGACCCCCUGGGUGAAGUGGUGGCCGUCCUGAAGACCAAAGAUGGAGACGGCACGGAUCAAAACCGCCUGGUCAGCUUCUCCAUCACCGGGGGGAACUCCAGAGGCGUCUUCGGCCUGGCGCUGGUGCAGGGGGAGUGGAAGGUCUACGUCAGCGGCCUUCUGGACCGGGAACGGCAGGACUGGUAUCUGCUCAACAUCACGGCCAGCGACGGACUGUUCGUGGCUCGCACCGCUGUGGAAGUCACCGUCAUCGACGCCAACGACAACACUCCCAUAUGCAACCAGGCGGUGUACAGCGUCUCUUUUCCCGAGGACAUUCCCACCAACAAAGGCAUCCUGACCGUGGCGGCCAGCGACGCCGACUCGGGCUCCAGCGCAGACAUCCAGUACUCGCUCUUCGGCAUCGGCGUGGAAGACUUCUACAUGGACGCCAACACUGGAGAGCUGCGCAUCGCCACCGCCAUGGACCGUGAAAGCACCUCCUCCUACAAGCUGAUCGCCCAGGCCACGGAUGGCGGCGGCCUCUUCUGCCGCGCCGACGUUUCCCUCCGGCUGCUGGACGUGAACGACAACGCUCCCACCUUCUCCUCCUCCCUCUACAUGGCCAGCGUGUUGGAGAACGCUGCCCCCAACACGUUGCUGACGCGGCUCCAGGCCACUGACCCUGAUGAAGGACUGAACCGGAGCGUGGUCUACUCCCUGCUGGAGUCCGUCGACGGGAUGUUCUCCAUCGAUCCGGUUUCUGGGGUGGUGAUCCUGGAAAAGCCUCUGGACAGAGAGAGCCAAGACUCGUAUCGGAUUCGUGUUCAGGCGGCAGACCGAGCUGGCCAGGAGGGGGCGCUGUUCUCUCAGGUGGACCUGAGAGUCCUGGUGCUGGAUGUCAACGACAACGCGCCCGUCUUCCAGAGGCGGGACGCCUCCGUCACCGUCCCCGAGGACGUGGCUGUGGGCACCGAGGUGGUGCAGCUGUUGGCCACCAGCGCCGACAUCGGACCCAACGCUGACAUCACUUACAGGAUUCGCUCCGGCAAUGAGCUGGGCAAGUUCUCCAUCGACCGGAGCUCAGGCUCCAUUUCAGUGGCGGACGACUUGGACUUUGAGGUGUGUAAGGACUUCUACCUGACUGUGGAGGCCUGGGACAGCGGGAGCCCUCCCCUCAGCACGGCCACCAUGGUGAUCAUUGAACUCAUGGACGUCAACGACAACGCUCCCACCUUCAACCGCGAGGUCUACAACCUGCUGCUCAGCGAGGACGCCUCUGUUGGGCAGACGGUGGCCUGGGUUGUGGCCGAGGACCUUGACAGUCAGGUCAACGGUCGGAUCACCUACUCCAUCCUGAAGGGCGACCGCAGUAACCACUUCUGGAUGGACCCUGUGACUGGCCACCUGAAGGUCAACAAGCCGCUGGACAGAGAGCUGGUCUCCAGGUACACUCUGUCAGUGCAGGCCUUCGACAGCGGCUCUCCCGCCAUGUCCUCCACCGUCGACGUCAACAUCGACAUAUCGGACGUCAACGACAACCCCCCGGUCUUCAGCCCUCCAAACUCCACAGCCGUCGUCCAGCUGAACCAAGCCGCCGGCCUGACCCUGCUCACGCUGUCAGUCAGCGACAAGGACUCGUCUCGAAAUGGCCCGCCCUUUCACUUUCAAAUUGUUUCUGGGAACGAGGAGAGAUUCUUCUCCCUGGACCAGACUGGUACCCUGAAAUCUAAUCGCGUGUUUGGGCCUGAAGCCCCCAGAGAGUUCAUUCUGGAAAUUCAGGCCACAGACUCUGGGCGGCCGCCCCUCACCUCCUCAUCUUGGGCUUUCUUGAGGGUCAUUGCAAACAGUCAGUAUAAACCCGCCGCCUCUCGCCUGGAAGUCACUGUCGUCAUGGUAACAGAUACCUUCCAGGGAGGGCCCAUUGGACAGAUUCACGCCACCGACCGAGACCCCAAUGACGUGUUGUCCUUCACUCAGAAAUCCCCCUCCAAGAGCAUGUUUGAGGUCAACAGGCAGGACGGCAGGAUCACGGCCCUCCCUGGGCUGGAGCCCGGCAGGUAUCAGAUCAAUGCCACGGUGAGCGACGGGCGCUUCGCCGUGAUGGCGGACGUGUCGGUGCAGGUGGAGCAGGUGACCGACGUGCUCCUGCGCGGCGCCCUCACGCUGCGCUUCCCCUCCCUGCCUCCGGAGGAGCUCCUCAAGCGCUACUUCAGCCAGAUCAAGCUCAUGUUACGCGGACUGGCCGGCUGGAAGUGGUCGCCCGGCCAGCAGGAUCCAGUCCACGUCCUGGGCCUCCAGCCCGUGUCCGGGUCGCCCGACCUGGACCUGCUGGUGGCCAUGGAGAGGCCGGAGACGCCGGGAGGCCGGAGGACGGGAGGUUUUUACUCUCACAGCGAAAUCGCCAGGAAGCUGGAGGAGGCGGUGGCUGGAGGGAAGGUGAGGGGAGUGCUGGCGGGCGCCGAGCUGCUGAGCGGCGCCUGCUCCGGGCGGCUGGACUGUGGAGACCAGCCGUGCGAGCAGACGCUGGUGAUGGAGGCCGGUCCGGGCGUCACCUACAGCAGCGACAGGUUCAGCCUGCUGCUGCCCAGCUUCAGGAGGACGGAGGCCUGCGCCUGUCCAGGCGGAGUUUGCCCCGCGCCCUUGGAGCUGUGUGAAGGUCAGUCCUGUCCCGCAGACAUGCAGUGCGUCCGCUGGGGUCCGGCCGCGCCGUCGCUCUGCCAGUGUCGGCCAGAGGAGCUGGAGCGCUGCGCCGGCCAAACCUCCCUCAGCUUCUCAGGAAACAGCUACAUCAAGUACCGCGUGACCCAGAGCGGGCAGAGCGGCGAGAUGAGACUGAGUCUGAGGAUCCGCACGCUGCAGAGACGCGGCGUCAUCAUGUUUACCCGGGUCAACCCCUGCACCAUGCUCAAGAUUGAAGCCGGGCGCCUCUGGUUCCAGCUGGAUUGCGACAACACCCUGGGCAUCAUGGGCAUCUCCGGCCGAGCCAUCAACGACGGCCUGUGGCACCGUGUGGCUCUGGAGCUGACCACCAACUACACGCUGCUGUCGCUGGACGACAGCUAUGUGGAGAGGCGCCGCGCCGCCAGGGCUCCCGUCCGCCUCUGGCCGCUGGCCCCCGACUCCUCCUUCUUCUUCGGGGCUCAAGUCCGAGCGCCGGCGGGCCCAGAGAGGCCCGGUCCGGCCAGAGCCCAGGACGGCUUCCAGGGUUGCCUGGGCUCCCUGACGCUCAACGGCAACGAGCUGCCGCUACAGAACAAGAGGAGCCGCCACGCUGAGAUCGCUGGACUCAGCGAGGUCAAGCUGGGCUGCGUGCUCUUCCCAGACCCCUGUGUCAGUCAGCCCUGCCUUAACGGAGGCAUCUGCAGCAGCCUGCCCCCUGCUGGCUUUGCCUGCAGUUGCAGCCCUGGCUUCACUGGGUGGCGCUGUGAGCUGGAAGUGACGGCCUGCAUGCCGAACCCGUGUCUGAACGAGGGCGAGUGCCAACCCUCCGGAAGUGCCUUCGUCUGCGCCUGUCCCGCAGGACUGGGAGGACGAGUGUGUGGGGAGGACGUGAACGAGUGUCUCCGAGGCCCCUGCAGAAACGACGGACGCUGCGUCAACACCUUCGGCUCCUUCUUCUGCAACUGCUCGGAGGGCUACCAGGGCCCCACCUGCGGGGAGUGGGCGGAGCCGGGCGGCGACACGCAGGCCGAGCCCAUUUCCUUCGUGGGCCCCGGGGAGAUCAUCGGGAUCGGGGUCCUCGCCUUCGUCAUCCUUUUCCUGCUCCUCCUCUUCAUCAUCUUCAGGAAAAAGAUCCGAUUCAGGAAAGACUCGGUCACGGGUCCCGGAGCUCCGACAGGCUCGGGCGUCUCCUCCAUCUCCACCGAAACCAGCUACAUGCUCCACAAGACCGGCUUCUGCACGGAGGGGAUGGAGUUCAGAGCCGUGCGAGUGUCGGGCUCUCCAGGGAGCAGCGCUGCCUGCGGGGACCUGGGGGCCAGUGUGGGCGGACCUCCUCAAGUCAUGGUGCGGCCCACCGCCCACGCCAUGUUGCCCGGGGCCUGCGACAAGACCACGUCCAGCGACAGCAGCCGGCUGAGCAGCUUCCUCUCCGACGUGUCCAAUCUUGGAGGCGUGGCCAACAGGAGGGGCGUGGCCGUCUGCAGCGUGGCACCCAACCUCCCCGCGGCGUCCUCCUGCCGUGCCGCGCCAAGUCCCGCCCACAAAGUGUCGUGGGAGGGCGAGGAGAGGCGGAGAGAUGAGCGAGAGGAGGAGUGGGGCCAGAGAGCGUUCCAGCUGGAGAGGAGCCAGCGAGACGGCGGUGCUCAGGGUGCGUCCCAGCGGGGCAGUGCGUCGGACUCCACCUCUGAGGACCAGUCGCUCAGCUCCUUCACCUCCGAGUCCUUCGACGACAACGACUCCAUCGUGACAGUCAUUCGCCUGGUCAACGAUGCUGUGGAUGAUAUUGAGAGCGAAGUGUCAAACAUGGACAAAGAGCAGCGGCAGAACGGCAGCGUGACCGAGAGCCGCCGCCUGCAGAGCAAAGACGAGCUGCGUGUUGAAUUCAUCAAAGAAUACAUGAUGGACUCGUACCGCUGGGAGGCCUCCAGCCGGACAGCCACCUGGCUGUCGCCGUCUCCGGAGUCACGCUACGAGCUGAGCCAGUCCCAGCAGAACAUUCGGCGAGGAGGCAGCUCUCGCUCCCUGCAGCUGGACUACAGGCUGACGGGCCUCGGCAGCGAGCCAGCGGCGGCGAGGAGGACCUUCCAGUGGGAGAGGAACCAGUCCGGGGAGUGGGAGAAGAGAGGCGCGGUGCAGAGAGAGGAGAGCAGCAGCAGCUCCUCCCCUGUGUACGAGGAGUGCAGGGAGUCCCAGUCCAGUCCCAGUCAAGACUCUGAGAGCCUGUACGACACUCUGCCGCCCGCCCGAGGAGCCUACCAGGGCUACCCGUCCCCCCCGCCCGGGCUCAACCUGCACCCGGCCCAGCUGCUGCCGCCGCUGCGCGCCUGGGACCUGCCGCCACCAGAGGGCAGCGCAGGCAGCAGCUCCCCGCCUCAGAUGGGCCCCGGGGACGAGCUGGAGAGACUCCUGAACCUGGUGUCGCUCCGAGCCCGCCGAGCCACCAGGUCCGACCGAGCCUCCACGGGCUCCGAACCCACCGGCGGCUGGGAGGGGCGCAAGUGAGACGCGUGACCGUGGACUUGUCCGGGUCCGUCCUUCACCCCCGAGUCACGUGACCGUCGCUGUGGUCUGCAGCGGCUCAGCUCAGGUCUGGGGUCUUCACUGUCGUUGUGCGUUUCUGUGGCGUCAAUAAAUAGAUGUGUGUACAGUUAUUCAGCUUCUGUACGUCUGCAGGGGGAGGAGAAGAACUGCCCGCGUUUCUCGUCUCUGAUUCGCUUUUCUAUUCCCCACCUUUCAUUUCCACUUCCCCUCAGACAUUGUCCCCUCACUUUCUUUCACUCACGAUAAAAAACAUCUUUUUCCCAUCAGACGCGCGGCUCGACCUUUUCUCCCACUCAGGCGGCAG